ACUGAAGAUGGCGACCUCCCUGAUCUGCGGCCGUCUGGCGGCUGGUCUCCGAAACUCCGGGGCCCGGGGCGCCCUGAGCUCCGCCACAAAGAUUGUGGGCGGUUCGGCGGGCGUCCUGGCUCAGUGCUGCCCCCCUCAGCCUCCUCACUGUCAGCAGCAGCAGAGGGCGCUGUCUCUACACGAGUACAUGAGCAUCGGGCUCCUGAAGGAGGCCGGGAUCUCUGUCCCCGAAGGGAAAGUGGCCAGCUCCUCAGAGGAGGCCUACGCCGUCGCCAAGGAGAUCGGCUCUAAGGAUCUGGUGGUGAAGGCUCAGGUUUUGGCUGGAGGUCGAGGCAAAGGCACAUUUGAGGGAGGACUUAAAGGCGGAGUCAAGAUCGUCUACUCGCCGGAGGAGGCGCGGGACAUCUCCUCUCAGAUGAUUGGUCGAAAGCUGUACACGAAGCAGACUGGGGAGGCGGGGCGCAUCUGUAACCAGGUGUUUAUCUGUGAGCGGCGCUACCCACGGAGAGAGUACUACUUUGCUAUCACCAUGGAGAGGUCCUACCAGGGCCCCGUGCUGAUCGGCAGCUCUCAAGGCGGCGUGAACAUCGAAGACGUCGCGGCCGAAAACCCCGACGCCAUCGUCAAAGAGCCGAUCGACAUCGUGGAGGGGAUCAAAAUGGAGCAGGCCGUGAGGGUGGCGGAGAAGAUGGGGUUCCCCGCGGCUCUGGUGAAGGAAGCGGCAGAAAACAUGAUCAAACUGUACAACCUGUUCAUCCAGUACGACGCGUCCAUGGUGGAGAUCAACCCCAUGGUGGAGGACUCCUCUGGCAUCGUCAUGUGCAUGGAUGCCAAGAUAAACUUUGACCCAAACGCGUCGUAUCGUCAGGACAAAGUGUUUGCUCUGAGGGACUGGAGCCAGGAGGACCCCCGGGACCGACAGGCGGCCAAGGCGGACCUCAACUACAUCGGGCUGGACGGGACCAUCGGCUGCCUAGUUAAUGGGGCGGGACUUGCUAUGGCAACUAUGGACAUUAUAAAGCUCCAUGGUGGAACCCCGGCCAACUUCCUGGAUGUGGGGGGCGGAGCUACAGCGCAUCAGGUGACCGAGGCGUUCAAACUGAUCACCUCGGACAGAAAGGUUCAGGCGAUUCUGGUGAAUAUUUUUGGAGGAAUCAUGAGGUGUGAUGUCAUCGCUCAGGGCAUCAUCAUGGCCGUGAGGGACCUGGACCUCAAGAUCCCCAUCGUAGUCCGGUUACAAGGGACCCGUGUGGACGAUGCUAAAGCUCUGAUCGCUGCCAGUCCUCUGAAGAUCUUGGCCUGUGACGACCUCGAUGAAGCUGCUAAAAUGGUUGUGAAACUUUCUGAAAUCGUGUCUUUGGCGAAGGAAGCUCAAGUCGACAUCACCUUCCAACUGCCCAUUUAAAGCACUCCACCUGUGUCGUCCUCCUCCUCUGUAGCUGCCUCACCUGUCGCCCCUGUCGCACCUGUCGCCCCUGUCGCACCUGUCGCACCUGUCGCACCUGUCGCACCUGUCGCACCUGUCGCCCUGCCUACAGAACAGAGUCUAUGGACAGAAAAACACAAAACCAUCACAGCUUCACAGUUUCAGGCGGUGCAAAGAAAACCUGCUCGAGUUAAAACGACUUUAAACUUCAGUCCUACUUUAUAAAGUUAAUGCGCCUCAGAACAGAGACUUAAUGAACCACUCGCUCAUUAUGAAUUAAUUAAGAACGGUCCAGGUUCAGCGACGCUUAAAGAGCUCGUGUUUGCUUCAUUCUCACAUGUUUAACACACAAACCUGCAGAUUUCGCCCGAGUUGAGUUCGCUCAAACAGAAAACACUCCGUUCCACCUUGUGAUGUCAUGUGGUGAUACAGGAAGUGCUCCGCCGUGUUGAGGUAACGACAUUAUAACGCGGCUCAAGUGCGUUUUGUGCGAUCUAGGAGCUUUAAGAGGUUUUGUUGAGGGUCGGGUUAUUACUGGUGAAUAAGCCGGAGUCAUUCUUUAAUAAACUGUUUGUUCAUGAUGAAUAAAGCCUUUGUUCACACUUUAAUGAGGCUGAUUAAAGUGUUAAGGACAUUUUAAUCUUGUUUUUUGAGUAGUUUUGACACGUCUAAAUCACUUUACUUACAGACUGAAAUACAAAUUUUUAUUAUUAAGUUACUGUACGUGUCAAACUCAAGGCCCGGGGGCGAAAUCUGGUCCACCGUGUCAUUUUAUGUGGCCGCGUCAAGGUAAAUUAAAAUGUGUAACUAUCUUAAAAUGUCAGUUUAUCAGGAGAUAUUCAGUUAGUCUUUUUUUUUUUUUCAAAAUUUGAUUCAAAUCGGAGCAAAUCUUUAUUUAAAACCGACAAUUUUUCUGUUAAACUUUCUUGACUCUAGACUUAAGAAGUAAAUUAUUAAAAAUGUGUCAAAACUUCUCCAAAAAUGUCUCAGUUUAAGUCUUUUAAAGUCGUGCUGAGGUUGUUUUUGUCCUUUUUUUUUUCUCGGCGUCUCUCCAUCCAAAUGUACUGAGUCAAAACGCACAAUUUGUUUAUUUAAGCAGCUCCUCUUCCACCAGUACACUCAAAAACAGCGCCCCCCAGUGACUGUACUCUAUAUAAACCCAUGUCUGUGUUAUUUUAAUGUUAUUAGAGAUUUACUGAAUAAAAUGUUUUCGCCAUUU